CAGCGCCCCCGGCCCGCCCGCCCGCCGCCACGAUGCUGGCGCUGCUGUCCCGGCUGCUCGACUGGUUCCGCUCGCUCUUCUGGAAGGAGGAGAUGGAGCUGACCCUGGUGGGGCUGCAGUACUCGGGCAAGACCACCUUCGUCAACGUCAUCGCGUCAGGUCAAUUCAGUGAAGAUAUGAUUCCUACUGUGGGCUUCAACAUGAGGAAAGUUACAAAGGGUAAUGUUACAAUAAAGAUUUGGGAUAUAGGAGGGCAGCCCCGAUUCCGGAGCAUGUGGGAGCGAUAUUGCAGAGGAGUUAAUGCUAUUGUCUACAUGGUAGAUGCUGCAGAUCGUGACAAAAUAGAAGCCUCUCGGAACGAGCUGCACAAUCUUCUAGAUAAGCCCCAGUUACAAGGAAUCCCUGUUCUAGUACUUGGAAAUAAGAGAGACCUUCCUAAUGCUUUGGAUGAGAAACAGCUAAUUGAAAAGAUGAAUCUUGCUGCUAUUCAGGACAGAGAAAUCUGCUGCUACUCAAUUUCUUGCAAAGAGAAAGAUAAUAUAGAUAUCACGCUUCAGUGGCUUAUUCAGCAUUCAAAAUCUAGAAGAAGCUGAAGUCUUCCUGGAAUCUCCAGUACCAGUUGGCCAUAAUCUCAAUUGUCCACUUCCCUCCAUAAUGAGAUACUACCCCAAAAUCCUGUAUCAAGAAUCUGCCUUUUCACGGUUCAUUUCUCAUGUGCACUGCUGAAGACUUGUAUUCCUAUUCUGUCACAAAACAACUAGAGUUGUCAUGAUAAAGUCAGCACAAAUAUUUAUUUUACAACCAUCUGUGGUGGGAGGGUUGUGGGGGGGCUUUUUAAAGAAAUAUCUCUACCAUGUUAACUACGAUGGUACACUCUGUUCUGGUUUUUCAGGGCCAGGUUUUUAUAUGAUUUUCAGCAAGUGUUUUAUUUCUAGUGUUUAGUGGCUUGAAGAUGCUGAUGCUUGACAGCAUUAAGAUUCUGCAAGAUGCCACAUACAGUAGUUAGAAAACAUUUAAGCGUGAAUUGUGGGAUACUGAUUGAUCUCACAGAUGCAUGUGAUGUGUGUAUGUAAGCAGAGGAAUGGAAACUGUUUGCAGAGGGGAGCACAAGGUAUAGAUCAGCAUCACUAAUCUACAGCUGAGAUCCUGUCACUGGAAAAAGAAAACUCUCAUGAUGAAUUAGGAAAGUCAUCUGUUUAAAAUCAUUCUGUUGCUUCUGUUUAAUAUUUAUGUGGGGGAUGGGAAUGGACUGUUCUGUCAAACUUUCAAAAAUUGGAGUAUUCCAGCAUGAAAACAAAUUGCUAGGAACAUCAGGCUGUGUUCAAAUACAUUUUUCUAUCUCCAGAUACUCGUGGUCUCUCUCUGAAACCAGAACAUGCAUUCUGAGCAGCUGCAUGACACCCAAAUUACUGAUGCUCUUGUAUCGAGGCAGUUGUCGACCUUUAGCACAAUCUGUGUGUAAUUGUCAGUGUCUCCUGCUCCUGGAAUGGCUGGGCACAGUUUCACCUGGUGCUAUGGAAUACCUGGGCUAUUGUGACAACUCUAGACCCGCCUGCUUUCUUGAUGUAACCAUGUGCAAAGCCUGUCAGAUGCAAUGAAAUGUUUUGCUGUGUCAAAGCACAAGAGAGCCAAUGAAUUGACCCUGUCUCUUGACUAGCUGCUGCAGCUUAGGGAAGUGUGUAUAAACUCAAGACUGUCACGUUCCUGUAGCUUUCCUUUCCCGGUGACUUGAGCGUAUUCACAGGGACAGCCUUGUCGAGGCUGGUUGUUCAUCAGCAGUGUCAGUGUAGCUACCUGUGUGUGCAGCUCAUGGUGCAGCUCGUGUUGCCUCACACCGUGUGUGACUCCCCACUCCUCGUGGUUUGCAUCCCUGGGAGCAGUGCUGUCCCCUCCCUUCUGAGAGCCAGUGUUAAUGCAGACUGCCAGGCCUUACUGUCCUGUCCCAGCUCUGGCACUGCUGCACAGACACUACAGCUGCCUGCCUUCAGCCUCAAGUUACGUUUGAACUUUUUGUCCCCUUUCAGUUCUCUGAAGCAUGGUUUCAAUUAAUCCAUACUCUGGUGCUGUAGAGGAGAGGGUGUAUUAACUUGCUACUGUAGUCCCGAGUUCACCAGAACUGCUACAGUUACUUUUAUUUAGCAACCUUGCUUGUGCCUAUCGUAAGGAAACUAAACUAGAAUGUGUGAAUCUUUGUGGGGGACCAGGUCACUGUUUAGUUAACUGGCCUAUAGCUAAACUUGAUGUGUUUGGUGUUUAUCUACUUCACUGCUUUCAGCAUUUAUGGCAUCCAAACACUACCAAUUGUUAACCUGUGCAUUACUCUCUGCAUGUGAACAACUUAUACAAUUACUGAACUUUGUAAAUACGUGAUUUUUUUUUUAUUUAGGUGGAUGCAUAUGUUGGUUUACUGCUCUUCAGCUUUAUUCAAUAAACUUAUGUUUUGAGGGUUGUAUUGACACUUAACUGCCUGACUUGAGUUGAUGUGGCUGAAAUCAUGGAAAAACACAAUGGGAUGUCUGUCUCCUCUGCCAAAGAUUCCAGUGGGGGAAGAAGGAUUGCUAAAUACCUGAGCUGAUUUAUAUUCUGUGGUUCAACUGUUCCAGUGAAAUGCUUACAAAACUACCUUUGAGGCCUGGGGCUUGCUCACCUUACCUGAGCAAGCUCGGAUAGUCAGUCUGAGAGAUUGCAGGGCUUUUUUAUGUGUGUGCAAAGCACUGGUCAGCUGCAGGGUCUGAAGCAGGGGCAGCCUUCUGGAGCUCAGUUUUCAGGAGAGAAAUGCAUGUGUUUGCAGUCUUGCUUGUGUGGAGCCUAGGGUAAAACCUUUGUUUUCCUACACAAGUGUCAGAUCUUGCAGUGCCUGAUCAUUCACUGCCAAUUAAAGCAGAGGGAUUCUUAUCUCAGUGGAAAGUGAGGCUUUUGUUGACUGAAGUCUUGAACAAAAUCUUUGCUGUGAUUUUAAUCAGAAGUUUCACUGACUGUUCUUCCCAAAGGUUUUUGUUGUAUUAAUUUCUCUUAGGACACUGAUUAAUUAACAGGACUGUCUGUCAGCAUCUUCCAAUCAAUGGUAAGAAAUUGGAUGUCUUGUUUCAGGCUUGUCUCCAUGUAAGCUUUCAAACUUACUGAGCUGUAUCAGGUUAGUUUUUAGUCCUGAGUGCAGGUCUUUGAGCAUCCUUUGUGUGUAAUUCGGCUGGUGGGAAGGACUAGUGACCUGUUAAAGGUUCUGUGAAUAUUUCUUUGGGGGUUUCCUGCAUGCAAAACAAGCUCCCUGCAGUUCAUAGUCAAAGCAAAGUGUCUCUAGACACAAAUCUGAAAGCAGUGUUAGUGCACUAAGCCUUGUCAGCCUGGUUGGUGUGGUAGCAGUACCAGGCAUUCAGUAAAUCAGCUGUGGCAUGAACUGGCCCACAGCUCUUUGCUUGAUGUGCUGUUUCAGUACCAGUUUGAGGUGUAAAUAGCAGGAGAGACACAGGAGCCCCCAGGAUGUGUGUGCUCUGAAAGGUACACUGCAGUACUCCCCAGAUGUCCCCAGCUGGGUUUCAGAGCUGUGGUGCUGCUCUGCCACAUGCCCUUGGGUACUGCUGUGGCAGGAAGGAGACCUCAGAGUGGCUGCACUUGUGCUGUUUCUGGCCUUCAGUAACUUGCCAGGUAGCUUUUCUUUGAAAAGGGGAGGAAUUGUUUCCUUCUCAACACCUUCUCAGCCUUGGGUGAAAACAAUACUCAUCAGACACUUUAUGUGCAAGGUUAAAUCUUUUCUGGCCUGAUGAAGGUGUGGAGCCUAGCACAGGCAUCAGCAGUGGUGUUUGCAGAGCUUGGAUGCUGCAGCUGUGUUCUAGAAAUGUAAUCUGUGUUCUAGAAAUGUAAUCUGUGUUCUAGAAAUGUAUCUCACCAUGGUUACUUGUCUCAGGCUCUGUAGUGAGCAUGGACAGUAAAGAGGCUGAUUAAAUUUCCCGUUCUCUUCACAAAAGUUGCUUUUGGGGAUGCAUUUUAGUUUCAUAAGUUACUGCAUUUGACAUCAAUAUAGUCAUACUUCUGUCACCCAGUCCUGAAGCUCCCCUGAUGCAGGUCUUGACUGCUGGCAUGUUAAGAGAAGCAGCUCUUGUGCCAAGGUGAACCCCUGGAAGCUGGACAGCAGUCCUGCCUCUGAGACCUGCUGGGGUGUGGGCACUGUGUGCUGUCCUGGGCUUUAAAUCAGCUCAGUCCUUGCUGGAGGCUCUGUUCAGUGCCAGUUUCAGAGCAGCAGUGAUGAGGAAGGGUUGUGCUUGCCCCCACAGCUCUGCUGCAGGAGUUUCCUGGGAGUGUCCCUGUCCCCCCAGCUCCAUGUGGGGGGUGGUUCCUUGAGUGCAGUCAGAGCAGGGGAGUUGCCAUCACCCAGAGCAGCUCUGUGCCACCACUUGGCAGCAGGAAAGAUGCUCAGAUGUGGAGCUGUUCCAUCAUCUGUGGAACCAACAAUCCAGUUCCUCAAUGAUUUAUGUUUUAUCUUUGCUUCUUGAUGGAAACAGGUUGGAAAGAUUUUGGGUGCUGACAUAUCAAACUGCAUAAUCUUCACUUUCUGGUAGAAGUAAAGGCCAAAGAAAAUGCCUUAAACAGUCUGUGUGUUGACUCUAGGAGUGUUGUGCAGGGAUCUGUACUAAGCUGAGGUAUGGCUUAGCAGGAUUAUCAAGCUUUGGGCUCCCUGAGGUUCCCUUUGUGGUUUGUGGCUGUCCUGGUUUGCUUUGUGCAGGAACUGCUCCCCUGCAUGCCCAGCGCUGCUCCCCUGCCCUGCUCCUGCACUGCCCUGACCGUGUGCACCCCAAAAAGGGGUGAGAACAGAUUUAGCUGUGUUUCCAAGCUGACACAGACAGUGUGAGUGCCUGAGCUUCAGGGCUUUAUUCCCAAACUGAGUGCAGAACAGCUUGUCUCAGCAGACCAUGACCCUUGAGAGUGCCCUGCUGCUGUGGGGCUGCUGCUGUUCAGCGUGUCCUGGUGAAACUGGGCUUUUCUCUUACGUGCCACUCCAGUGCAAACACAGAAUGGCACUCACAGGGGCUUUGCACAUACUCUGUGAAAGGACAAGUGAAAUACUUGAUGGUUUUAUUUCCCUCCCAGUGGAAGGUGGGUAAGUAGACCUUUGUGCCAGGAUUAGUGCCUUUUAAUUAUGACAUGACAGGUUUUAUUCUGUUCAAGGCAACAUGUAUCAUUGUGAUAAUUUUGAAGUGCUUCAAUAAAGUGUUGUUGAAAACCA